AAAUGGCGGCGUGAGGAAGGCUCUUUCAAAACACUGAGACGUUUACCCGCCACGGAGGUUAUCGACCGGCCGAGAGACCCGUCUGCGCCCCGCGGAGCCGCCCGUGAAGCACCCAGCGGCGGCGGUUGGACUCUGCGUCCCGGUUAAAGGAGGCGGCCUGCUGGUUCUUCCCUGUUUCCGUCCUUGUGAGCGUUGUCAUGGCGAAGAGGAUCGCUGACAAGGAGCUCACGGACAGGAACUGGGACCAGGUGGAGGAGGAGGAGGAGGCCGGCUCGUUCCUGGUGGCGAGUGAAGACGUGUUGAAAAGCCGGCCGAUCAAGAAGGCCAAGCGCCGAGCGGUGGGAGAGGCCGACGGCGGCGCCUCCUUCAAAGGCUUCAAAGGGUUCUCUCUGAGCGGCGCCUCGGCUCCCACGGCGUUCUCCGGCUUCGGCAACGGGGGAGGCUUCACGGGCCUCAACGGGAGCAGCAGCGCGGCGCCGUUCAGCGGCUUCUCCUCGCCCGCCGCCACGCCGGCUGUGGUGGUCCCUGGCUCCGCCCCCUCUGACAUCACGGCCCAGCAGACCAAUGGCAGCAGCUCUAAGGAGUACAGCCGUCAGCUGACGGCCCUGAACUGCUCGGUGAGGGACUGGAUCACCAAGCACGUGAACGGGAACCCGCUGUGCGACCUCAACCCCAUCUUCAGGGACUACGAGCAGCACCUGGCGAGCAUCGAGCGGCGCUAUGGGGGCGAGGAGGAGGAGAAGAAGAAGAAGACCAGCCUCACUGCUGCUCCUGCCGCCGCCUCCUCCUCCUCCUCGCUGUUCUCCUUCAGUAAAGCGCCGGCAGACGACGCGGCCCAGAGCCCGGGCGUCACGUUCAACUUCGGGCAGAAGGUGGACGGCUCUCUGCUCGGGUCCUUAGGGCCCAAGGCCACGCCCCCCAGCUUCUCCUUCUCCUCCAGCCAGACCUCCCUGUUCGGGGCUCCUCGGCCCACAGAGGAGAAUGGGGAGGAGGAGUCUGAGGAGCCGCCGGCGCCCGACGUGAAGGAGGUGAAGGAGGAGGACGCCUUCUACUCCAAGAAGUGUAAGUUGUUCUACAAGAAGAACUCAGAGUUCAAGGACAAAGGAGUCGGGACGCUUCACCUCAAGGAGACGAGUGAAGGGAAGGUCCAGAUGAUCAUCAGGGCCGACACCAACCUGGGUACGAUCCUGCUGAACAUCCUGCUGCAGGCCUCCAUGCCGUGCUCCCGCGUGGGCCGGAACAACGUGAUGGUGGUCUGCGUCCCCAACCCGGUCCUGGACCAGCAGAACCCCGGGAGCCCGGUUCCCCUUCUGAUCCGGGUCAAGACCUCCGAGGACGCAGACGAGCUGCAGCAGACGCUGGAGAAGAAGAGAGGAUAGACACACACACACAGACACACACACAGAGUUGUGGGCAUCAUACUGUGAAUGUUUUAUUUCCUGGAGAAGCCGGUCGUCUACAUUCCUCCAGUCAGACGCUCAACAGGAAGCUCCUCUUAAUCAUCGUCCUGCUCCUCCUAUUCAUCAUCUUCCUGCUCCUCUUCCUCUAAGGUUUCCAGAUGGUUUUGAAUAUUUUUCUGUGGAAACUAUUUAUUGAUCAUGAACUUAUUGAUCGUUUUAAUUUCCUCAACUGUUUCUGUCCAAGUGUCCUAAGCGCGUCCUUUCCUCCCUGUCUCCUCUGUCCUCAGUGUCUCCUCCGUCAGGUUGUUUACCAGUAGAGACCAACGAGCUGGUUGUUGUUUUUAAGUUUAAAUCCUUGAGACUUUAAACACUCGUUUUAUUGUUUUACUUUUUUAUUUCAAUCACAAUUUGUUCAUAUUUCAUCUCUAAUAAAGUUAAAGAGGAAACUUCCUUCAAACAGAAUAAACAAGGA